GAAAAACCCUCCCUAAACCCCCCAAGGCCUUUCCCCUUCAAUUGGCCUAAUGCAUCAAGAGCCACCGCCAUGGACCCCCCCAGGGACCCUCCAGAUAGGAAUAAACAAAUGUCCCAUCAGCAAAAGUCCCCCCCCCAAGGUCCAGAGACCUUGAUAUUGGCCCAGGAAAAUUGGAAAAUAACUGCCCCUGGCCCCCGGGCCAAAGCCCAAUUUGGACUCCCCCUGGGGCCCUGCUUUCGAAUUCCCGAGCCAUGGAGAAGCCCCGAACAGACAAUCCUCAAUAGCCAGCCUCAGUCCCCCCCCCCCCCACAAACCGGAUACCGCAUUGUGUCCCCCCCCCGCCUAGAACCAAAUGCCCCAUAUCUCGCCGGGGGCCCCCUGGAUGUUUGGGGGCCCAACCCCCAACUAAAACCCCAGGGCUUGAAGGUUUUUGGCUGGAGAAUGGCUAUGGCUUUUAACCCCUGGAGGGUUUUGUGCCAUCACUGCGGCCCUGAAACUAGUAAAAUAAGGGUUUUUAAAACCCACCCUAAUACCAACAUUUUGCCCCCUCCCCAGAAGGGACCCUAUACCCCCGCCUUGCUUGUUGGGGCCCCUACUGAAGCAUGUCGCAUGGCCUCCCCGGCUGAAUUGGUUAAUUCAAGUCCCCUUGCCAAUCCUCCAAAGGGUGUGAAUGACUGCAGUCCCCGAUCAGCGGAUUGGAACCCAAAAUCAUCCUCAGAUCAAUGGUUUUUAGCUUUGGAAAUUGCAGCAAUGUUCCACAAAUUUCUUGUGGGCCCACCCCACCCUCCAAGCGAGGAAAACCUCCCUACCCUAACAGAGGUUUAG